AAAAAAUUCAGUUAUAAAAGUUAAUCCAAAAAAGUUAUCGCACAAAAACCGUAACAUAAAACUUUAAAGAAAAAUAAAACAAAACUAUUUCAUAAAGGUUUGGUAUCUUAACAAAUUAAAACUUAUUAAAUAAUAUUGCCUUUAAUAUGGCAACACCAGUAGUCAAAGUUCCCAUUGUUCCACAAUGGAAUCUAGUCGCCGGUUGUGUAGCGACUCCCGAUCAAGGUUUUCUUUAUGUCGGCAACAAAACUAUCAAUUAUAUAUCUGCAAUUAAAAGUGGUGAACAAGCACCCGUAAUGAAAAUCUUUCAAACCCGUCAAACUAUUCGUGGUUUAGAUUGUGACCCAAGUUGGGCGACAACCAAAUACUUUGCCAUUCUUGCACAAGACAAUUCUGUGCAAAUAUGGGAUUUCGAUCAAGCUAGAGCUAUUUAUGGCCACAAGGCACAUUUUAUUAAACCACACAAUGAAGGUGACAUUCCUGGCCCGGCCAAUGAAGGUGUCCACAUGGGUUUUAUGUUUAAUCGAAAUAUUCUUUCGAUUUGUCCAAAUGACUUGGUUGUUUAUUGUGUCGCAUCGAAUACAUUUUGUCGACGACAGCGUAUUAUUCCGAAGAAAUACCCUGUCACUAUUUUAAAGUGUUCUCCAUUUAAUGAGAAUAUAUUCGCAGUUGGAACUCCGAAGGGCUUGGUCAUUUUAGCUGAUCUUAGGACAGAACAAGUUUUGUACACUUUAAAAGGUCAUGAUGCUAGUGUAACUUCGUUAGCUUGGAAUAUUAUAAAUGCUCCUUGCUCAGUCGUAGUCGCCGCCCCAACUGUUGAUACUCCCCAAAAACCACCACAGCAAAAGUCUCGUCCAGAUCCGAAAACUCCAAUUGGUGGUUCGGAUGAUAUAUUCGAUAUUUAUGAUUAUGAUUAUCUUGAGAAUGAAUUUGGAGCUCCUUGUAACAAUAAACAGAGUCUUGAACAGUUUGAGGGUAUUGACAAGAAUCAAGAGGAUGGCAACAAUACUAACUUUAACUAUGUCGAGGCCUGCGAGAGCCUCAAAGAAGAAAUAGAUGCUCUAAAGAAUAAAUCAGAUAGCUUCAAUGAGCCUCAAGUCACUUUGGAAGAUUGUCAGGAGUCUGAGCAUCGAGCUGAAGUCUCGAGCUCAUGUGACUCAAACAACAGUGUGGAACUGUUGGAUAAGAGUUCCACUGAUGAGAGUACAAAUAAGGAAAAACACGUAAUGCAGCAUCAAGCUGAAGUUCACACCCAAGAAGAGAUGGAAUUGACUCCUCCCAGGGUGGCUAUGGCGCCACCAGCUAGUCCCAAGAAGAUUCCAUUACUUGCAUCAGCUGGGGCAGAUUCUGUCGUCUGGAUUUGGAAUACAAAGACUGGGGGAGCCUGUGAUCAACUGAAAGGUCGGAGUACUCCACAUGGAAAGAAUUACCACAUUGAAGCAUUAUGGCUAAGUUCUAAUAAUUUGUUGAUAACAUCUAGAUCUGGAACCAUAACAUCCUUCACCGAAGACAUUACUAGACCUGGCAAAUAUAAAGAAGACAAAAAAGAGUUCCCACAACAAGCUGUAAUGUCAAUGUGUCUAUCCAUCAAAGCUCCUCUCUUGUGGACUAUAUCAUCUUUCAGAGAGAUUGUUUGUGAGAAUUUAGAAACAAACAAGAUUAUUGCCAAGUACAGUUGUGCUUCCACGAAUAUAAUUACAAUGCGUGAACGACCUGAUGAUAUGAACAAGAUCGCAAUAGCAUUUUCCGAUCGUCGUAUUGGUGUUAUUGACAUUUCUCAAAUAUCUCCAUUUAACAUUUCUAUUGAGAAUUUUACAAGCAAAAUUGACUCGCAAGUUUAUUCAUUGGUUUGGGGACCAAAUCCAGGAUUUCUUGCUUUUGGAACAAAUGAAGGAAGAGUGGGAAUUUUCAAUACUGACAACCCGAAGAUGGCACCAUUUCUUUAUCAUCCAGUAUCUGGCAAACCGAUUUACUCAAUUGACUGGAAGAAUCAUUACAUCUAUGUGUGCUGUAAUGAAAAAGUUGCUUUAUAUCAUGAUAAUAUGCAAAACAAAGACCCAAUUGUUUUGGAGUACAUCACAGCAGCAUCGUCUAUUUCCGUUCGCGGCAAAUAUCUCUUUGUUGGCACUCAAAAUGGACAUGUUGAAAUAUUCAGAGAAAAAGAAAGUCCAAAAAUAUCCUACGAUCUCAUUCGGAGUCUGGAAAUAUGCCCUCGCUACGUAACUGACAUUUCUUGGAGUCCAAUAAACUCAUCACGUUUUGCUGUUGCCUCAAUGUCUAAGAAAAUUCGUGUUUUCAAUUUCAACGAAUUCGACGGAACUGCUUCCCUAGCUCGUGACAUUGUCAUCAACAGCACAUCAGCAUCAAAUGCUAAUGUUAAAUGGAGUAACUCUCGAGAUAAUAUGCUUCUGGCAAGUGGUUUCGAUGGAGCAAUGCGUGUAUGGGACCUCAAUUCCCAACGCGAUGAUGAAUUCUUUCUCAAACAAUUCCAAUGUCCAAUGACUUGUGGUAUGUUUUUGCCCUCCGAUGAAAAUAUUGUUAUGUGCGCUGGUCGAACAACAUCGAUAGAAAUGUUUAAUAUGCUUCUGGAAAAUACCCAAAAGUAUUCGAGUGUUAAAUGGAAGAAACAAACAAUGAAGACACUCGAUGGAGUGCAAUGGGGAACAAGAAUUCCAUCUGGUGAUGGAAAAUCGAAGAAAGAAAAAAGUCGUAAAAGGAAAGAAAAGAUUGGAGGUCCGCUCAUUGAAGCUGCUCCCGAAGAUGUUAAAACUGAUGGAGAAGAUGUUGCUGGUUUGAUGACUAAACUUCAGCUAGAGGAAAAGCAGGAAAAUGAAAUCUCCGGACCGACACAAUGCAAGGAGUGCAAAGAUUCAGUAUUUUUGAAGAAUCCUCCGACUAUAUUGUAUUUAACAACAAAGGAAAUAAAUAAAGACAGUUUGGACAAACUUAUAUUCAUGUUAGACUCGUCUCAUGGAAAACAGCGUCUGCUUGGACCAAAACUCUUUGGAACUAAAACUGAUGCCAAGAGAGUUCUCGAGGAAGAAAUUCGAAAUCAGCAGUCUUCUAAUUCCACAUCAAUCUCAAGCAUUCUAACAUACCAAGUCAACACGAAUCUUCAGCAGGAAAUUGUGAAGCGCAUUGAAACAAAAACUCUUACUGAGUGGCAUGUUUCUCUUGCUCCUUCCGUGUCAUAUAUGUUUUGGAAGAAAUGUUGUCAAGCAUUCACCAACCAACUCAUCGAGCAGGGUCACAUUCUUCAAGCUGCCACUUAUCUCAUUGCAUUGCAUGACACCAAGCAAGUCAUAAAUAUUUUAAUGGACAAACAAUUCUUUAAAGAAGCUAUAGUUAUAGCCAAAAUCCAUUGCCAACCCGAUGACAAAAUAACAACUGAAAUUACUGACAAAUGGGUUCGUUAUUUGGAAUCGGUUGGAAAUUUAAAUGCUGCAGCUUAUAUUUGUGCUGCUUCUGGACAACUUCAAAGAGCUUAUAAUGUCUUGUGCAAAACAAGAAAUAUAACACCAGAAAUACAAGAAGUACUCGAUAAAAUACAUGAAAGAACUAUUAAAAUGUAAAAUCCAGUAUUAGCUGUUUUGAACUGAAUUGGUUUCAAAUUCCAGAAUUUAAAAUUAAAAUUACUUUUUACUUUAAAUUGAACUGAACUGAAUUAUCGUUAAAUAUGCGUUUUAUUUAAAAAAAUAAUAAAUAAAAUGAAGUUGAUAUUAUACAUGUAA